AUUUGUUUACAAUCCGGCGAUGGAUGAAAGCGGGUCGGAGCUAGACCUACCGGGUUACCGGUUCCACCCGACCGAGGAGGAGCUACUCAACUUCUAUCUCCGACGCAUGGUCCUCGGCAAGAAGCUAAAUUUAGAUAUCAUUGGAACCAUCCACCUCUACCGCUUUGAUCCCUGGGAGCUCCCAGAGUUAGCGAAGAUAGGAGAAAGAGAGUGGUACUUCUUUGUGGUCAGGGAUCCAAGGCAAUCGACCCGCGGUAGGCCCAGCCGGACCACCAAGAAUGGAUUCUGGAAGGCCACAGGGAAAGAACAGCCCAUUUUCAACACGACCGGCCCAAAACAUCUUAUAGGGCAUAAGAAGACACUAGUUUUCUACAUGGGCCGGGCUCCUCAUGGGGCCAAAACGGACUGGGUCAUGAACGAGUACAGUCUUCCUGAGACAUCCUCACAGAAUCCUCUAUCAACGGAGGGCAUAGUUUUAUGCAAGAUAUACCGGAAGGCGACCCCAAUGAAGGUGCUAGAGCAACGAGCGGCGAUGGCGAACCUCGACGCUUUCGCGUCGACGACGACCGCAGGCACCGUAUCACCCUCCGAACUCGAUCGCAACUCUCGAGCUAAUAACUUAGGCCGCGUACAUGAAAACGAGCUCGUGGCGAAGAAAGAGGAAGUGAAGAAAGGCGUAGAAAUAUCGCCGGUCCCGACGCCGACUGCCCGGCGGGCGAAUUUGCCGGAGCUCGAAGUCUCAGGGCACGGGUUGGAGUGGCACGACCUGGUCUUGUCGACGUUGAUGAGCCCGUGGAUGGGCCGCUGGUCUCCUGUAGAAAACUUGUUCAACGUUUAAAUGUACGUACAUUU